AUGAUGGCCGCAGCAAGACGACGGAGAUGGACAGAGGUUUUGGAGAUCCUGGGCCAUUGGGAGGAGAACGCGGGGAGGCUAGAUGCGAAGACGUAUAACGUCGCCUUGUCUGCGCUCGGCAAAUGCGGGAGGUGGAAAGAGGCGCUUGCGACUCUCGAUCGCAUGCGAUCGAAGGGUGUCCCACCGGACGUCUACUCCUUCAACAGCGCCAUCUCGGCCUGUGGGCGAGCGGCCAAGUGGAAGCAAGCAUUGGCUCUCCUUUCAGAGAUGGAGAGGGAAGGCUCGGACGUACCGCCGGACUUGUUCAGCUACAACGGCGCCAUCAAUGCCGUGGCAAAGGAUGGCCGAUGGGAGCAGGCGCUGAGCCUCUUGAUGGGCAUCAAGACUCGAGGCCUUUCGCCGGACGUCUUCAGUUUCUCGAGUGCGAUGUCCGCUUGCGAUCGGGCCGGCGAGUGGCAGCGCGCGUUGGAGGUAAUGGACCUGAUGCUCCAUCACGAGGUGGAGCCCAGCAUCGUCAGCUACGGAACGGCCAUCAGUGCUUGCGCUAGAGGAGGGCGUUGGCAGCAAGCGCUGUCUCUUUUGGCCGACAUACCGUCCAGGGGUCUCGAGGCGAAUGCCCACGCGUACGGCUCGGCGAUUCACGCCUGCGUCGUCGGGGGCCAGCACCGGCGGGCUCUGGAGCUGCUUGAGGAGAUGCUGGAGCGCCGCGUCGUCCCGGACGCGGCCGUGUUUACGGCGGCGAUGACGGCGGUGGACGGGUGGGGUGCGACGUUGCGGCUGCUGGAGGUUAUGAAGCGAGAGGGUGUGCUCCCGGAUGUCAAUACGUACAACGCGGCCCUCAGCGUUGUCGCCCGCAGCGGCCGAGAGGAUGUGGCUCUGGCGCUGCUUAACCGAAUGAGGAUCGAUGGUGAGGCUUGGACCCAAGUUCAGUGCUGGCGAAUAAAGGAAAUUCGUGAGAGUAGAUCGCCGUUUUCCCUGACGUAA